AUGGGUUACGUUCUUCUCGCCCCGUACAAUGAUUCCAUGCACUUGGGUCAAGGAUUCAAUUCUUUUCUGCAGCAGCCCUGCAUUGAUGGGGCUGUCAAACUCACUCAAGCCGACCUUCAAACCCAAGCUGCACGCGCAGGAGGUCCAUCAAAUGUCUCGCAGGUUGUGUCAUACAGCUCGCGUUUCGUUGAGAAGAUCUCAGAUGUUGUCAGGAGUAUGAACAUCAGUGCGGCUUCGUCCAUCAAGGUCGGAACCAUCGAAGUCUCUGGAAACUCUGUCAGCGUGGACGAGGCCAAAUUUGCGGCCAGUGAUAUGAACGCAGUCAUUUCCGUCAAAGUCAUCAAUCAGAUUACUACAGCUGUUCAAAACCCAACUUUCCUGCCAUUGGACAAACCUGCGAAGAUUUCUAGUGAAAGAUUCUUCAAGAUCUAUGGUGAUAGUUAUAUAUCUGGGUUCAUGGAAGGCGGCGACCUCCAUGGAAUUGUGUCUAUGAAGGUUCUCGACUCCUCGAACAAAAGCAAAGUCGAGGCAGCGCUCAAGGGUGCCAUGAACGGUUCGGCUGGAGAGUUCACACUGAGCGAAGGAACUGCCACCUCUACAAUUGAAGCAGCUGUUCAAGAGACAGAAUCCACUAUCACAGUCAACUGGUCGGGAGGAGGCCAAAUCAAAAGUGAGGACGCUGAGUGGACUCUCGAUUCUUUGAUCCGUGCUGCGUCAGCAUUUCCUGCACGGGUUGCGGCUUGUCCACAGAAAACGUAUGCAAUCUUGACUCCCUACAAUCGCAACCGCAGCUUUGUCAAGUGGGCAGAAGAAAAUAACAUUACUGUGCCCGACUUUUCUCCCAUUCAACAGUAUACACAUGAUCUUCUUGACAAUUUUAUGGAGUUCAAGAGUAAUUUGAGUCGCAUACAAGCUGUUAUCGCCAACCCUUUGGCGUAUGUACCAAGCCGUUUUAAUAACGCUGUCAACCUCAACGUCGAGUCACUCGUGGCUGAGCGCCAGGCGAUCAAGAGAGAGAUGGCCAAAAUUGUUGGUAUAAUUGAUAGGCUGAACUCCAAUCCGUCGGGUGAUAUCACUGAAGAGUUGGCGUCUCCAGAAGUCUGGGCAAUCCGACUUCCGGUUCUGGCAGAAUCUCAGGUCGCUGAUACUAAACUCACUGCCGCACAAACAGCGCUCGUUAUCAAUGGCUUCUGUGCUAACGAUCCCACCCAAGACACAAUUGACCCUCCGACCGGCGCCGGCCUUGGCAACAAGAUGAAAGACAGCAUGAAGAAAGUGGAAGACGAGGUAAAGGAGAAAGAGAAGGAGGUGGAAAAGGUCAUUCCAGCCCCUGAAAUAUGCUCAGGAAGUAUCAAAGAACAUCUCAUCCAGCAGGAACGAGCCUUUGUGGAUUCAGAAGACAACAAGCGGAAAUACUCACAGUAUCGCUUUGACCGCUCAGUGGGUAACCCCAGCGGAGGAUUUUUCGUCGACGCCGUAGUCCUCGAGAAAGCAAUGCUCCCCGUAUCAUGGCCGGAACGGAUUGAGAUCUCACUAAGGAAAUGGGGCAAUGGCAAAGUGAAGCGGGUACGAACGAUGUAUGAGCAAACACACCAGACACAUGGAACAGAUACAGGAGAGACACAGGAUAGCAUUUUUAUUGACCUAGAGGCGGGAGAAGUUGUCAACCGUGUGAAAUUGGGCAAGGGAAACUUUAGCGGAGGGAUGAGUGGAGUUGGGUUCAUCGAGCUGCAUACAUCGAAAAACAGGCAGAGGAGUAUUGGCUCCGCGGAGCUUUGUGACGAGGUGAUCGACUGUGUGCCGUAUGAUGGCUGCACAGGGCUCAAGGGUUUCUGGGGGGGUAAGGGUGAUCUCAUUGAUAGACUUGGUCCGAUUUGGGGUAAAUGA